AUGAUCCAGAAAGGUGGAGACCAGAGAAGUCACAGUAACAUCUGGCGCUCUGUGUUUGCUGAAUUCAAGUACGACAUGAUGAAAGAGUGUGUUGUGGUAGAAGUGGUUGUUCUUUUAGAGAUUGAAUUGUCUAAUUAUGUUCCCUCAACACAGCAGAUCCUCGACAAAGCCAAUGACUACACGCAGGAGCUCAACGGCAAAUGUCAGAGAGCUGCAGUACCAGAUGCUGAAGAACAAAGUCCAGAGCCUGCAGGAAAGCCUUGUAUGACUCAUCUAGCACACUCACUGCUUCUUGUACGUUUUGAACCUCACACUGUGUUUAAUACGAUACAGUAUUCCUUUAUUUUUGUACUGUUUUUCUCCUUUCUUUUAGUAAGUACAGAAGUGACCCCUGUUUGCCCAAAAGGAUGCGAGUUGUGUUCAGAGUACAACGGGUGCCUCAAGUGUUUACCCAAACUCUUCAUCCUCCUGGAGAGAAAUGACAUACGACAGAUAGGCAUAUGCUUACCAUCCUGUCCUGUGGGAUAUUUCGGAGUUCGGAAUCCAGAAAUGAACAAAUGCACCAAAUGUAAAAUAGACAAUUGUGAGGCCUGUUUCAGUAGAAAUUUUUGCACAAAAUGUAAGGAAGGCUUGUUUUUACACAAAGGGAGAUGUUACUCCAGCUGUCCUGAAGGCUUCGCUGCCCUUAACGGAACGAUGGAGUGUAGCAGCGUUGUACAAUGUGAACUUGGAGAGUGGGGGUCCUGGGGGCCUUGCACAAAGAAGGGCAAGCUGUGUGGGUUUAAGAAGGGCUCUCAGAACAGGACCAGGGAAGCUCUGCAGCCGCCCCCGGCAGAGCCGUCACUGUGCCCCCCAGAGACAGAGAGCCGGACAUGCACAGUGCAGAAAAAGCCAUGCGCCAAAGGAGGUAAAAACAAAAAGGAAAAGAAAGAAGAACAAGGGAAUAAUAAAGAUAACGGGAGGAACAGAAACAACAAAGAAACGAAAGAAGGUAAACCAGGCAGCAGCAAGAGGAGGAAAGGCCAGCAGAGGGGGACGGCAGCCCCAACAACCACUCCCAGCGUCACCCAGUAAAACCCACGGCAGAGCUGCUAUGCAUGAAACUGCUUUUUUGAACCGGAGCAUUGCUGAAAACACCCCAGGCAACGGCUUAUAUUCCACAUUGAAUAUGCAAUAGUGGUGUGCAAAGGACUUCAUCGAUGAAGGCGACGCUCACACAAGAGAUGUACAGUGUUAAUAUCAAAAUAUAUAAUGGGCGAAAUUCAAGUCAGUUGUGGUGAUUUCUUUUGAUAGACGAAGUACACAGGAAUCUCCCAUUAGCUGGGCUCUGGGAGACCUUCCUUUAACCCAGUAGGAUUCUUGCCUUAAGACCACUGUUCGUGAUCCGCGGUCUCCCUCUUCCUCUUUCUGUUUGUGAUGUUGACGCAGUACUGGAGGUACACAAUAGAUGGCAGCAGCGGUCAGCCGCCACAAGUCUUGAUUUUCUAGAGGAAACUCAUUUGUAACGUGUUAACAAAAUAGCUUCCUAACACAUGCAAAUGUGUUUCUGUAUUAUUAUUAUUAUUAUUAUUAUUAUUAUUAUUAUUAUAUAGAUAUAUUUUUUGCAGUUUAUUGUUUCAAACUGUAUGACCUAAACAUAAAGAAUAUGUUAAAACCUAUAGCCUGACCUGUUGUCAGAAGAAAAUAUAAUUAAACUGUUUAUUUCAAAUAAAGCGUUGUUCUGUUGAAAAAGUAGUUUGCAUGAUGAUCCAUGUGAAAAUGUAAAGGCGGCUGGGGGAUCUUCCAAAAUAACAAAUAUAAAACAUAAAGUCCUUACAUAAUGAAAAAGAAGUUAGACAAGCACACUGAGCACAACUGUAUUCAAGUUAAGAUUUACAGAUACAUGCAUCGGCUUUUGGUCUUUUCAUAAAUAAAAAGAAAUGUUACAGA